GGCAGCGCCAACCAAUGGCAGACAAGAGCGGGAGGGGCCAACGACAUUUGCACACCUACAUUACUUUUGGUCAAGCACUCAGCGGGAGCAUCACAGGCGCUGCGAGUGAGUCGCUGUUUUCUCCGUGUCAAGAAAUCUACAUAAAAAUAAGAAGCAUCAUGUCGGACAGGAAGGCAGUGAUCAAGAAUGCUGACAUGUCUGAGGAGAUGCAGCAGGAUGCUGUGGAGUGCGCAACACAGGCGCUGGAGAAGUACAACAUCGAGAAGGACAUCGCCGCAUAUAUCAAGAAGGAAUUCGACAAAAAGUACAACCCCACCUGGCAUUGCAUCGUGGGAAGGAACUUUGGCAGCUACGUGACUCACGAGACCAAGCAUUUCAUUUACUUCUACCUGGGUCAGGUGGCCAUCCUGCUCUUCAAAUCAGGCUGAGCGAUUCAUUUACACCAAGCAGAAUUAAUGAACUGACUGUACUGACGAGGCUCACCAUUCCUGAUCCGGGACCUGCCUUCUCUCGGCUGCUUCUCCUUUCUUUUUGAUUAUAGUUUCUAAAAAUGGCCGUGUGAGAGGGAAAUGCCGUAAAGAAACACUUGUAUUUAUUUUUGUUUUCUAUCCAGUUUGAGCGUCUCAUGUCAUCUCUUUCGUUUUUUAAUUAAAGCUAAAUGGUUUGGCUGGAGUUCAUGUCUGGAGGUGUAUGAUGGACUGCUGCUGCUCAGUGGAGGUUUCCCAUUUUUGUUUAAUAAUUAGGAAACGUUUUCGGAGAAGAAAAAUAGAUCAGUAAAUUAUUAAUAUUGGUUACAAUUGUCAUCCUCUACUUGAUUACAUUCCUCAAUGGUCAACGUUUUCUUUUUUUUUACUGUGGAUCUGAUAAAGUCUAGUUUAUAUUAAACAAAUUUGAGUCAAA